CAUGCGCUCUGUCAAAAGAGCAGAAUUGUGGCCGCGUUAGCAUCUACAGCUAGCGCGCUGAUUGGGGAACGCGGUGUGGAGGAAGGCGCUCCGCGCACUGUAGGCAGAAAUAUAUCGGCGACUUCAGAUAUCCCCGGCUAAUCCUUGAGCUAACCAUUAUCCCUCCAUGCUUUCCGGGAGAAGCAGAUAACCCUGCACUGCCACCUCAAUUAGCCACCGUGCCAGACGGAUAGGGGAAACUGCGUGUUUUAGCGCGAGGGGACCCUUUCGGGUGGAAUCUUGUUUCUUUAGCCGCGACCAACGUGACCUCGUGUAAUAAUGAGGUUACCGAGUAACAGACAGUGUGCCAUGGAGGGAGACGGAAAGAAGAUGGACCAAGCGCCCCCGUUCAGAAACCCUUUCGUGCACGUCUUGAAAUUCACCCCCUUGGAAAAGGCAAAGAUUGCAUUAAUGACAGUCACACUGUUCCCCAUCCGGCUACUCAUAGCUGCAUUCAUGAUGCUGCUGGCUUGGCCGUUUGCCUUCCUGGCUACGGUGGGGCGCUCAGAGACCAGCGUGGAACCCCAGUGCCUCUGGAGGAGACUAGUGGACAUAACUCUGAAGAUCAUCAUGCGGGUCAUGUGGUUUGCGGGUGGUUUCCAUUGGAUGACUGUGAAAGGGCGAAGGGCAAUGCCAGCGGAAGCACCCAUCCUCACCCUGGCCCCCCACUCGUCCUACUUUGAUGCCAUCCCAGUCACAAUGACAAUGGCUUCUAUUGUCAUGAAGGCUGAGAGCAAGGAUAUACCUCUCUGGGGCACUUUGAUUAAGUUCAUCAGGCCAGUGUUUGUUUCGCGGUCAGACCAGGACUCCAGGAAGAAGACUGUGGAGGAGAUCAAACGCAGAGCCCAUUCAGGAGGGGAGUGGCCUCAGAUAAUGAUUUUUCCAGAGGGAACGUGCACUAACAGAUCCUGCCUAAUCACAUUUAAGCCAGGGGCCUUCAUCCCAGCUGUCCCAGUACAGCCUGUAGUGAUUCGUUACCCUAAUAAACUGGACUCGAUCACGUGGACUUGGCAAGGACCUGGAGCGUUUGAGAUUUUGUGGCUGACACUCUGCCAGUUGCACAAUGAGUUUGUUGUUGAGUUCCUUCCCAUUUACACACCAUCAGAGGAGGAGAAAAAUAACCCAGCUCUCUUUGCAAUCAACGUGAGACGUGUCAUGGCUAAAGCCCUUGGGGUACCAAUCACAGAUUAUUCAUUUGAAGACUGCCAGCUGGCCAUGGCAGAUGGCCAACUGAGACUGCCUGUCGACACCUGUCUGCUGGAGUUUGCCAAGCUCGUCAGGAGACUGGGGCUUAAACCCCGCAACACUGAGAAGGUUUUGCAAGAUUAUGGGAACAAAGCCAGGAAGCUGGAAGGUCAGAAGCUGGACCUGGACGACUUUGCUCAGUUCCUGGAUGUUCCCGUUUCGGAGAUGUUGCGGGACAUGUUUGCUCUUUUUGAUGAGCAUGAAGAUAACUGCAUGGACAUCAGAGAAUACGUGAUAGCCUUAUCUGUCGUAUGCAGACCUGCCAAAACUCUGGAUACGAUGAAAUUGGCCUUCAAGAUGUUUGAGGCAGAGGAGGACGGGGCCAUCACACAGAAGGAGUUGGCAGUUAUCUUGAAGACCGCUUUAGGAGUGACUCACCUCAGCGUGUCACAACUCUUUACCGCCAUCGAUCCUGAAGACACAGGGAAGAUCACUUUUGAUAAGUUGAGAUUCUUUGUGGAGCAACAGCCAGACUUUGCUGAGAUCUACCUGUACGCAGAAAACGCUGGCCUCCAAGGCAGCUCCAGCCACUGUCACCAAACGAAGCCCAGCCUGUCUUCCCAGAACCUGCGAGGGACUGCCGCCACCAAAACGACCAACGGCAUCUGCCCCGACUUCAGCCCCAAAGACCAUGACGGCACAAAUGAUGGACUCAAGAAACUCAACUAAAAUGGUUUGGGAAUGAAUUGGGAGAAACCCCUCUCCUGGCGAGAGGGGGCUAUUUUUGGGGACAGAGGGAAAUGAUGUACUUGUAAGCUAGUAACUUGUUUGAACAGUAAGGGACUACAGUUCAGUAAUCAAAACCACAAGUAGUAAAAACGUUUACCUUUUUUUUUUUUUUAUUUGUAUCGUGUCCAUGUAUUUCUUUUAAAAUUAUUUUCUCAGCAAGGAUAUCUUUUUUAUUUGUAACUUAUAUCUGUAUUCUCUCUUGAAUGGUAGCUGCCUUUUUUAAAGUGCAGAAUGCAUGGGCUCAUGUUAUUGUGAGUGGUAUUGAGGAUUAUUUGACUAAAGAAGGGCAGCCUGAGGGCACCAGUGACAUUGUAUGACUACUUGGAAGCUACGGUAGACGCAUUCGAGGUGAACUCGGGUCUCAGAGUUGACACUCUAACUGCUAUCAGCCUGUUAAAUAUACAGUGAUAUAUUGGAUUUAGCUCAGGGUUCAGUGACAAAUGAAAAACUUGUAUGAUGUCAUCAUUUUUGACACUAGCCGGGUUAUAUGCAUGUAUUUUCUUCUUACAGUAAAUCAGUACUUUUCUGCCUAGUAAUUGGUCAUUCACGUUUAACUCUUACAUUUUCUUCAGGUUGGCAAAUUUCAGUGUCUUUUUUUUAUUGUCGCUGUUUCACAAUGUGGACCAAAAAUGCAUUUGAUGAUCUAACGUCAUCUGUCUCAUUCGUACUGUCCUGUGGUGGGGUGGUGGUUACACAAUGAAGGCCCAUUGAAAUCCUAUUCGCUUAGUCGGUAUUGUAAAGGCAAGGUCAUAUUACUUGUGUUUCUUUCUUACACUGAUCCAUUGAAUCAAUUCCUAUCAUCCGUCCAGAACUACCAUCCAGGUAGGAAAAACGGCCUUUUACUCCAUGUUUUUAUUCUGAUUUUCUUUUUUUUUUAAUCAAGCCUCAAUACCUGAGCAUGUUAUAGCUUUCAAGAGGCCAGUCUGGAAAUGGAAAUUAUCCCUCUGUGGUAACAUUUAUGCCUUUUUUUUCCCCUUUCUAAUUGUUAUCUAAUUGGCAUAUACACAUUCCUAAUUGCAUGCGAUAAAAUACUUAUUUUACAGACAUACAGUCUGUUCCCACACAACGUGUUUAUAAUCACAGGGCCUUUGCUUUAUUCAUAUUUAAGAACACACAUUUGAUCUCAUCAUGCAUUGAUUAGUCUUAAUUUAUUGGUAUUUCACUGGAGUUAUAUAUACUCAUUCAUCUGCUGACAUUUUAUCAAUUGUCCAGUACUGUUAUUAUUUUUGUCAUGUACAUUUAAGAAAUUAUCUGUACAGUCAACCUCUGGCUGAAUUAGCAGAGAAAAUUCCAUCCUAUAAUGCUCAUUUCAAUCACUUGCCAAAAUGUCUUAGUCAUCUUUGUCUCAAACACAGGCUACAACUUCUGGUAAAAUAUAGAGUGCUUCACACGGUCAUUUUACAGGACAACUAUUUCUUAAAGGGAACCCUCUCCAGAGCAGAUUCAAUAACGCAUCAGAAUGUUUGUAGUUAGUAAUAGUUGGAGUUUGUGCGUUUGUGGAGGACUGUUUUUGCAUUUUUGUGCUUUUCUGUAGUUUCAUUAUGUUUAGUGAGCCUCCAGUUCCCAUCACAUUCAUGACCAUGUAUACUGUACAAACAUCUCCAUUAUGGCUUAUGGUGGAGUGAUAUUUCAUAUCUCUUAAGCUCAACAUUUAUGCUUUUGAAGAGUUCUGAUAUGUAUUUUGAAUAUUCCAAAUGCAGGACAUUCUGUGAAUUCUUGAUAUACAUAUGCGGUCGAUUUUUAUUUUCACUGCCAUGACAAAAAGAUCCGUGAUCUUCUCUCUGCAGAUUCUAUUGAUGGUGAAAAAUAAUCCUCAUUUUCUUUUGUAUAAUAAUGCAAUUGUUUUGUGCUGUAUUCCUCCAAAUAUUGAGUUUUAUUGUUCUAUCAUUUUAUAGUUGAGUGCUUAGAGACAAAAAUACAGAUUUCUUAUGGAAACCGAUAGCCUUGAAUCUAUAGAAGUUUUAUGCUAAAAGAAAAAGAAUGUAAAGACAAUCGUGUCACUAUCAGAAGCUCCUGAAAGCGCUGAGCUCCAGUGGACAUUUUCCUUAAGAAAUCCUGGCAUUGAAAUGAGUUCCGUGUGAGUGCGUCGGGCCUUGAGGUGAAACACCACAUGACGGGCCGCACACACGUGACGGGCCGCACACACGUGACGGGCCGCACACACGUGACGGGCCGCACACACGUGACGGGCCGCACACACGUGACGGGCCGCACACACGUGACGGGCCGCACACACGUGACGGGCCGCACACACGUGACGGGCCGCACACACGUGCACUCGCGUAUGUUGCAUCACAAUCUUGUAGUUUUUAUUUUAUUUUUUAAUUGUAUGUUUUGAUGCUUGCACUUUAGAUUCUUUACUCUUUUUGAACAUUGCUGUUGAGCAUGUUAAGUUUGUAGGUAUAUUAUUGUAGCUCAAUUUUGUCAAUUUGUAUUGCAUUUGUACAUCUGCUGCAAUAAUGAGAGCACAGAGGAACUUGGGGAUCACCCAUUGAGCGGCGCUGUUACUGACCCACGUUGGUUUUUGUACUUUAAGAAAGAGUUUAGUUUGUUUUACAUUUAAACACUUUCAAGCCCCCCCUUUUCUGUCUUGUCUCAGGAUUGUGGAAGUUUUGUAGCUUAAAACGACUUUGUAAAUUUAUCUCACUUGGCAACAGCGUACUGAUGUGAAUGCUUUAAACUGCACGGUGAAAUGGAUAAGUGUUAAAUGUAGUCCUAGGUCAUGUGCAUUUAUGGCGGGUGGUUAAUUAUACAGUUUACUCUACGAGGAGAACCAGGCUGUUUUUGUACAUAGAGGCAGAAAUCUGAUUGUAUAGAGUUGAUCUGAGCCAGAAUUAAAUGUAUUGAGCCACAGUUACCCCUCAUGCAGUUUUGGUCAUUUUAAACCAACGUUCCCAUGUGUAGUUCUAAAGGAGGAUAUUAUGUCAUCAGCAAGUCCAAUAUGUACAUGUGUGUGUGUAUAUAUAACUAUAUAUAUUCAAUAUUAACUUGCAUCGGGGCGCUAUGGAAAUACAGUCUGUUUUGAUUUAAAAAAAAUAGUUUUACUUAUUUCCAACACCUCCGUAGAGGGGAGUGUAUUUUUUUGUUUUACUUGCUAUCAGUGGGAUGAAAUGUAAACCUGCAGGAGAGGAACUUGUACUUAUGCUACUGCUGCCUGCUCCGAUGGUCCAGCAGCGAGCCGAAGACGAAAGACUUGCUCUGACGAGGCGAUGGUGUCUUUCUGAUGGCUCACCGUCUGCAUCAAGAACCUAAACUUUGUUUUCUCUGUCGCUUUAUUUCCUGUAUUUUUCUAAACUAAACAGGUUUUAUUUUGUUAACUCAUUUUGAUGAUGAAGAGUCAUUACUGCAAGCUACUUUGAAUCUGUCUAUUCAGGACUGCUAUGAUAUAACUUGUUAAUGUGACUCUUGGAUUGAAUUAAAAUAACAAAAAAAACGUAUGUGAACAGA